UACAGAGCAUCCUUCAGCUAAUCAGCCAAGAGAAGUCAGGUCUUGAGUAAAGUGCCCUUGACGCUGGAGUUGUACCCGCUUGUGGUGACGAGUGCCAAAGCAGAUUUCAGAAGAUCGACCGUGGCUGUAAACCAGCAUUUCUUUUCACUAAAUUCGGCUUUAUUCCAUGGAAGUAAGCUGGUAAAAAGCUAAGUGUACUGUACCUUCAAACAACCAAAAUCCGUGGCGCUGUGAAGUAAUAUCGUCUGUUUUCACAUUCACAAAUUCUGGUGUUUUAUAUUCAAUCAUCCGAAAAUCAUAGUGAUGAAAAGCAAUUGUAUAUUACAACAAUGAAGACGACUGUUAUAUCCUAACCACGAAGUUGAACAAACACAAAGUCCAGGUUCGAAUGAAACGAUGGCCGGGAAAAGUUCUUUGGAAAAUGGGGAAACGGUAGAGAAGACUGUGCCUGAUGGAGGUUGGGGAUGGAUGGUCGCCCUCGGCUGCUACGUAAUGGUGGUAACGCUGCCAGGCAUGUCCCUGAGUUUCUCCAUCCUUUUUUCCACCUUCCUGCUGGACCUGGGCGUGUCCUCGACUACCACAGCCUGGAUCUUUAAUUCUCACCUCUUGCUGUGGAACUUGGUGGGUCCGUUGACAGGUCCUCUCACGACAGAGUUCGGGUUCCGGAAAGUCAGCAUGAUCUGUGCCGGCGCUGGUGCCACGUGCUUGGUCCUGUGUUCCUUUGCUACAUCGGCAGAAUUCCUUCUUGUAGCAUUUGGCCUGGGUGGAUUGUUCGGAGGCCUGGGAUGCAAGCCGUGUUACUUGAUUAUCGCUCACUACUUCAAGCGGCGUCGCGGUCUGGCCACGGCUAUCAUGAUGGCAGGCAUGUGCACGGGGCAGUUUGCAGGACCUCCGUUGAUUCGCCUCUUGCAAGAAACUUACGGCUUCAGGGGCGCCACCCUCAUCAUCGGCGGCAUAAUGCUUCACAGUGUGGCCGGAGCUGCACUUUUUCAGCCUGUUCAGUGGCAUAUGAAGAAAGAAGCGACAUCGAAGGAUCUGAGCAAGCAGGAGACACCAGUAGACAAACAGGAAGAUUCGUCACUCAUUAACACACCACUAACCAAUCCACAGGCGCCAUUAACGCUCCGAAAUAAAAGGCUUCGACAAGUGAGCGAAUCCUCCGCGUCCUUACACCUGUCCACUGUGGAUAUAUCUGGAUAUCCAACGAUUUGCGAAGAAGACCCAGACGACUAUGGCUCGGAGACGUCUCAAGACAAUUCGAAAACCAGUGGUGCUUGGAUCCUGAUAGGCCGGGUCUUCCGCUUAAUGAUCGCCGACUUGAAAAUCCUAAAAUCCCCGCCAGCCUUAAUCAUCGCGUUGGGAGGCCUUCUGUCCCAAAACGGCUACCUCAACUUCAUGCUCAUGAUGCCCUUCGCCGUGCAGGCUCACGGGUAUGCGCUGCAGGACGCGGCCUGGUGUGUGUCUGUGGCUGGUAUAUGCAAUCUAGUGGCACGACUCGGCACAACGACUCUGUCUGACUGCUCUUGGUUUAACAUGCGGCUUGUCUACGUACUUGGCGCUUGCAUCUUCGGCUCUGCUUCCCUCAUUUUCACCUUCGUGACGGACAUCAAGUGGAUGAUGGCGGUAGCGGGCGUGUGGGGUUUCGGCGUGGGCGUGAACAUCUCCCUCUUCACCCUGGUAAUGGCCCGAAUCGUGGGCGUGGAGAACUUGGCCGCUCUCAUCGGCGCUUCCUCUCUGCUUGUGGCUUUUGGAUUCAUCACGUUGGGACCUAUUAUAGGACUGAUCCGUGACGUAAGCAGUAGUUACGACGUAGCCAUUUGGGUUACGGUGGCCGAAACGUUUCUCUUCGUUCUCCUGUGGCUCUGCAUGCCAGCAGCUAUCAGAUACGAACGUAAAGCGAAAGAGGGAAACGAACACAACACUGAUAACCAGAAUGUAUAACUUCUGCCUCAUUUCCAGAUAUUUAAGAGUGUUUGUUUAGGGCAUAAAAGGACAGAUCUGCUGCUGUUAAGAAGUGCGUAUAAACUAAAAUAAAACAUCAAAAUGUUUGAAUAAAGUUUAUUAUAAAUAU